GGGAGGUGGGAGCGCUUCCGUUUCCGGUGGCGGCGGCGCCCGCGUGAGCUGUUGGAUACGUCGCGGCGGCCGAGCGCGCCGCCCGGAACCGGAACAAGAACCGGAGGCGCGACCGGCACCGGAGUGGGCCGCAGUCGGAGAGAGCCGGGCGCCCGGCCUCCGCCAUGGCCCUCAUCUGCUCCAUUUCCAACGAGGUGCCCGAGCACCCGUGCGUCUCCCCCGUCUCCAACCACGUCUACGAGCGGCGGCUGAUCGAGAAGUACAUCGCGGAGAACGGCACCGACCCCGUCAACAACCAGCCGCUUUCCGAGGAACAGCUCAUCGACAUCAAAGUUGCCCACCCCAUCCGGCCCAAGCCUCCUUCUGCCACCAGCAUCCCAGCCAUCCUGAAAGCCCUCCAGGAUGAGUGGGAUGCUGUCAUGCUGCACAGCUUCACCCUCCGCCAGCAGCUGCAGACGACGCGCCAGGAACUGUCCCACGCGCUCUACCAGCACGAUGCCGCUUGCCGUGUCAUUGCUCGGCUCACCAAGGAGGUCACAGCCGCCAGAGAAGCUUUGGCGACUCUGAAACCACAGGCCGGCCUCAUCGUGCCCCAGGCGGUGCCAUCCGCCCAGCCGAAUGUGGCGGGAGCUGGGGAGUCCAUGGAUCUGGGAGAGCUUGCGGGCAUGACCCCCGAGAUCAUCCAGAAGCUUCAAGACAAGGCUACAGUGCUGACCACGGAGCGUAAGAAGAGAGGAAAGACAGUUCCAGAGGAGCUGGUGAAGCCGGAGGAACUCAGCAAGUACCGGCAGGUCGCCUCGCAUGUGGGGCUGCACAGUGCCAGCAUCCCAGGGAUCCUUGCCUUAGACCUCUGUCCUUCCGAUACCAACAAGAUCCUCACCGGUGGGGCUGAUAAAAAUGUCAUCGUCUUUGACAAGAGCUCGGAGCAGAUUUUGGCAACACUCAAGGGGCACUCCAAGAAGGUUACCAGUGUUGUCUUCCACCCGUCUCAGGACUUGGUGUUCUCAGCUUCUCCUGAUGCUACUAUCCGGAUCUGGUCUGUGCCCAACGCCUCGUGUGUGCAGGUUGUUCGUGCCCAUGAGGGCUCUGUGACGGGGCUGAGCCUCCACGCGACAGGCGACUACCUCCUCAGCUCUUCUGAUGACCAGUACUGGGCUUUUUCUGAUAUCCAGACAGGACGUGUCCUCACCAAGGUGACAGAUGAGAGCUCUGGCUGUGCUCUCACUUGUGCCCAGUUCCACCCGGACGGGCUCAUUUUUGGAACAGGGACGAUGGACUCUCAGAUCAAGAUCUGGGAUCUGAAGGAACGCACCAAUGUGGCCAACUUUCCGGGGCACUCGGGCCCCAUCACCAGCAUCGCCUUCUCUGAGAACGGCUACUACCUGGCCACGGCAGCGGACGACUCCUCUGUCAAGCUCUGGGACUUGCGUAAGCUCAAGAACUUCAAGACGUUGCAGCUGGACAAUAACUUUGAGGUGAAGUCUCUCAUCUUUGACCAGAGCGGCACCUACCUGGCCCUGGGCGGGACGGAUGUCCAGAUUUACAUCUGCAAGCAGUGGACAGAAAUCCUCCACUUCACAGAGCACAGUGGCCUCACCACAGGAGUGGCUUUCGGCCACCACGCCAAGUUCAUUGCCUCGACGGGCAUGGACCGGAGCCUGAAGUUCUAUAGCCUGUAGCCCCAGACGUGGGGCCAGGGUCUUGCUGCCGUGCUGGGAGUUGGGGUGGGAGGGCGGGAGGGUGUAUCGGGGCUGGGGGGAGGCAGGCCAGUUCAUUACUUCUCCAGGCUCCCCUGCUGUAGCUGUUGGCAGAGGGGAAGUUAGAUGUCGCCUUCCCCGUGCUUCAUGGAUUUGUUGUUUUAGUUUUCUUUUUUUCCAGUUUUGUGUGUGUCUUUUCCUGACUUUAGAUUCUGUGGUUGUAACUGAUGCAACAAAAAGGUCCAGCCCUGGUGCUGGUGGAUGUUUGUGGCCGGGAUUGUGGUGGGGAUGUGUGGAGGGAGGGAGGGCGGGAGGACUGUGCAGGUUUUGUAAGCAGUUAUCUAGUUUCAUUACGGAAAUAAAGAACUAUUCACCGUA